GCGUCCGCCUUUUGUUCGCGGAGCCGCGCGCCCCCGAGCCGAGGCGGCGGGGCGGGGAGCUGGCGGAGCUGCGCGGGGGGCGGGCCGCGCCGGGCGGAGCCGGGGCCCGGGCCGCAGCCGGACUCGGAGCCCGAGAGAGCGAUCGGCGUGCAGGCAGCCGGGGCCCGGGCGCGCUCCGGGGGCGCGGCGAGGCCGAAGGGGCGGGCGCCGGGCGGAGCCGGAGCCGGAGCCGGGGCGCCUGGAGGCGAUCGGGCCGCUCUCUCCGAGCCCAGGGCAGCGGAGAGACCGUGCGGCGGGGGUCGGGGCCAGAGCGCAGCCGGGGGGCUGAGGUGGGCCGAGAGGAGCCGCGGCCCCAGCGGCCGGAGGGGCGCCAGGAGCCUCCCACGGGGCGCGGAGGCCGGGCGGGCCCGGGCCAUGCGCGCCGCUCGCUGAGGCCGAGGGAGGCCGCGAUGGAGGUGCCGGCGGGGGAGUCCCCGGCUCGGGGCUGCGGGCCCCCGCCCGCUCCCGCUCCGGAGAGGAAGAAGAGCCACCGCGCGCCGUCGCCGGCCCGGCCCAAGGACGUGGCCGGCUGGUCGCUGGCCAAGGGCCGCCGCGGCCCAGGCCCGGGCGCAGCAGCCGCCUGCAGCGCCGCGUCCUCGGCGCGGCCCGACAAGAAGGGGCGUGCGGUGGCGUCCGGGGCGCGGGGCUCAGGGACCCGGGUGGCCGGUGUCCGCACCGGGGUCCGCGCCAAGGGCCGUCCGCGUCCGGGGACCGGGCCGCGACCGCCGCCACCGCCGCCCAGCCUCACCGACAGCAGCUCGGAGGUGUCGGACUGCGCGUCGGAGGAGGCGCGCCUGCUGGGCCUGGAGCUGGCGCUGAGCAGCGACGCUGAGUCGGCGGCCGGGGGCCCGGGGGGCGCCCGCACCGGGCAGCCGUCCCAGCCCGCGCCGUCCGCACAACAGCCUCCGCGGCACCCCGCCUCCCCCGAGGAGCCGUCGGUGGCCGCGUCGUCGGUGGGGAGCAGCCGCCUGCCACUCAGUGCCUCGCUCGCCUUCUCCGACCUCACCGAGGAGAUGCUGGACUGCGGGCCCGGCGGCUUCGUGCGAGAGCUGGAGGAGCUGCGCUCAGAAAACGACUAUCUCAAGGACGAGAUUGAGGAGCUGCGGGCAGAGAUGCUGGAGAUGCGGGACGUCUAUAUGGAGGAGGAUGUGUAUCAGCUGCAGGAGCUGCGGCAGCAGCUGGACCAGGCCAGCAAGACCUGUCGCAUCCUGCAGUACCGGCUGCGCAAGGCUGAGCGCCGCAGCCUCCGCGCUGCCCAGACUGGCCAGGUGGACGGCGAGCUCAUCCGUGGCCUGGAGCAGGACGUCAAGGUCUCUAAGGACAUCUCCGUGCGGCUGCAUAAAGAGCUCGAGGCGGUGGAGAAGAAACGGGCGAGGCUGGAGGAGGAGAAUGAGGAGCUUCGGCAGCGGCUCAUUGAGACCGAGCUGGCCAAGCAGGUGCUGCAGACGGAGCUGGAGCGGCCGAGAGAGCAUUCCUUGAAGAAAAGAGGAACCCGCUCCCUUGGGAAGACGGACAAGAAACCUUCCAUGCAGGAGGACAGUGCCGACCUGAAGUGCCAGCUGCACUUUGCAAAGGAGGAGUCGGCCCUCAUGUGCAAGAAGCUCACCAAGCUGGCCAAGGAGAAUGACAGCAUGAAGGAGGAGCUGCUCAAGUACCGCUCGUUCUACGGGGACCUGGAUGGCGCCCUGUCGGCCGAGGAGCUGGCGGACGCACCCCACUCGCGGGAGACCGAGCUCAAGGUUCAUCUGAAGCUGGUGGAGGAGGAAGCCAACCUGCUGAGCCGCCGCAUCGUGGAGCUGGAGGUGGAAAACCGCGGCCUGCGGGCCGAGAUGGACGACAUGAAGGAUCACGGCGGCGGCUGCGGGGGCCCCGAGACCCGCCUGGCUUUCUCCGCUCUGGGCGGCGGCGGCGAGUGCGGGGAGAGCUUGGCGGAGCUGCGGCGACACCUGCAGUUCGUGGAGGAGGAGGCCGAGCUGCUCCGGCGCUCCUCAGCCGAGCUGGAGGACCAGAACAAGCUGCUGCUGAGCGAGCUGGCCAAGUACCGCUCGGAGCACGAGCUGGACGUGACGCUGUCGGAGGACAGCUGCUCCGUGCUCAGCGAGCCCUCGCAGGAGGAGCUGGCAGCCGCCAAGCUGCAGAUCGGCGAGCUCAGCGGCAAGGUCAAGAAGCUGCAGUACGAGAACCGGGUGCUCCUCUCCAACCUCCAGCGCUGUGACCUCGCCUCCUGCCAGAGCACGCGGCCGAUGCUGGAGACGGACGCCGAGGCCGGGGACUCGGCCCAGUGUGUGCCCGCGGCCCUCGGCGAGGCCCACGGACCCCACACCGCCCGGCUCUGCAGGGCCCGGGAGGCCGAGGCGCUGCCGGGGCUGAGGGAGCAGGCCGUCCUGGUCAGCAAGGCCAUCGACGUCCUGGUGGCCGAUGCCAACGGCUUCACGGCCGGCCUCCGCCCGUAUCUGGACAACGAGUGUGCCGACUUCCGGCUGCACGAGGCUCCCGACAACAACAGCGAGGGCCCCAGGGACACCAAGCUGAUCCACGCCCUCCUGGUGCGGCUGAGCUUGCUCCAGCAGGAGCUCCAGGCCUUCACGCGGAAGGCGGACUCGGUCCUCGGGGGCCCCAGCAAGGAGCAGCCCGAGCCCUUCUCGACGCUGCCCGCCUUGGGCUCCCAGGGACCCUCCAAGGAGAUUCUUCUGGCCAAAGACCUUGGCUCAGACUUCCAGGUGCAGCCACCUGACCUCAGGGACCUGCCGGAAUGGGAGCCCAGGAUACGAGAGGCCUUCCGCAGCGGCGACUUGGACUCCAAGCCCGACCCCAGCCGGAGCUUCAGGCCUUACCGAGCUGAAGACAAUGAUUCCUAUGCCUCUGAGAUCAAGGAGCUGCAGCUGGUGCUGGCCGAAGCGCAUGACAGCCUCCGGGGCCUGCAAGAGCAGCUCUCCCAAGAGCGGCAGCUGCGGAAGGAGGAGGCUGAAAACUUCAACCAGAAAAUGGUGCAGCUGAAGGAGGACCAACAGAGGGCACUCCUGCGACGGGAGUUUGAGCUGCAGAGUCUGAGCCUGCAGCGGAGGCUGGAGCAGAAAUUCUGGAGCCAGGAGAAGAACAUGUUGGUUCAGGAGUCCCAGCAGUUCAAGCACAACUUCCUCCUGCUGUUCAUGAAGCUCAGGUGGUUCCUCAAGCGCUGGCGGCAGGGCAAGGUUUUGCCCAGCGAGGGGGAUGACUUCCUUGAGGUAAAUAGCAUGAAGGAGCUGUACCUGCUAAUGGAGGAAGAGGAAUUAAACGCCCAGCAUUCUGAUAACAAGACCUGCACGGGGGACAGCUGGACCCAAAACACGCCCAAUGAGUACAUCAAGACACUGGCCGACAUGAAGGUGACGCUGAAGGAGCUAUGCUGGCUGCUUCAGGAUGAACGCCGUGGUCUGACUGAGCUUCAGCAACAGUUUGCCAAGGCCAAGGCCACCUGGGAGACAGAGCGGGCAGAGCUCAAGAGCCAUACUGCCCUGAUGGAGCUGAAGGCUGGGAAGGGGGCUGGAGAUCGGAUGGGGCCCGACUGGAAGGCAGCCCUGCAGAGGGAGCGGGAGGAGCAGCAGCGGCUCCUGGCUGAGUCCUACAGUGCGGUCAUGGAGCUGACGCGGCAGCUGCGGAUCAGUGAGCACAACUGGGGCCAGGAGAAGCUGCAGCUGGUGGAGCGGCUUCAGGGGGAGAAGCAGCAGGCGGAGCAGCAGGUAAAGGAGCUGCAGAAUCGCCUGAGCCAGCUGCAGAAGGCUGCUGACCCUUGGGUCCUGAAGCACUCAGAUCUGGAGAAGCAGGACAACAGCUGGAAAGAGACACACAGUGAGAAGAUCCACAACAAGGAGGCUGUUUCUGAAGCUGAGCUUGGGGGAACCGGCUUAAAGAGGACCAAAUCGGUUUCCUCCAUGUCAGAGUUUGAAAGUUUGCUGGACUGUUCCCCCUACCUCGCAGGGGAAGCCGCCCGGGGCAAGAAGCUGCCCAACAGCCCUGCCUUUGCCUUUGUGGGCCCCCAGCCAGUGGACCCGGAGAAGGCUGCCCCGGAACAGCCAGGGCUCUCGCCACGUGACUGCAACCGCCUGGGUGCCCUGGGCUGCCAGGAGCCGGCGGGGAGGCAGAUGCAGCGCAGCUACACGGCUCCCGACAAGACGGGCAUCCGCGUCUACUACAGCCCCCCGGUGGCCCGGCGCCUGGGCGUCCCCGUGGUCCAUGACAGGGAGGGCAAGAUCAUCAUCGAGCCUGGCUUCCUCUUCACCACAGCCAAGCCCAAAGAGUCGGCCGAGGCGGACGGGCUGGCGGAAAGCUCCUACAGCCGCUGGCUCUGCAACUUCUCCCGGCAGCGCCUGGACGGGGGCUCCGGGGGCGGCCCCUCGGCGGCCGGGCCCGGCUUCCCAGCGGCCCUGCACGACUUUGAGAUGUCGGGCAACAUGAGCGACGACAUGAAGGAGAUCACCAACUGUGUGCGCCAGGCCAUGCGCUCGGGCUCGCUGGAGCGGAAGGUGAAGAGCACGUCCAGCCAGACGGUGGGCCUGGCCAGCGUGGGCACGCAGACCACCCGCACGGUCAGCGUGGGCCUGCAGACCGACCCGCCCCGCAGCAGCCUGCAUGGCAAGAGCUGGUCGCCGCGCAGCUCCUCGCUGGUGUCCGUGCGCAGCAAGCAGAUCUCCUCCUCCCUGGACAAGGUCCACUCGCGCAUCGAGCGGCCGUGCUGCUCACCCAAGUACGGCUCGCCCAAGCUCCAGAGGCGGUCCGUGUCCAAGCUGGACGGGGCCAAGGACCGCAGCCUGUGGAACCUGCAUCAGGGCAAGCAGAACGGCUCGGCCUGGGCCCGCUCCACCACCACGCGGGACAGCCCCGUGCUGAGGAACAUCAACGAUGGGCUGUCCAGCCUAUUCAGCGUGGUGGAGCACUCGGGGAGCACCGAGUCCGUCUGGAAACUGGGCGUGUCCGAGGCCCGGGCCAAGCCCGAGCCUCCCAAGUAUGGCAUCGUGCAGGAGUUCUUCCGCAACGUGUGUGGCCGGGUGCCAAGCCCCACGUCCGUACCCGGGGAGGAGGGCGCCAAGAAGCUGGAGCCCAUCUCCCCUGCCAGCUACCACCAGCCGGAGGGCAUGGCCAGGAUCCUGAACAAGAAGGCAGCCAAGUCAGGCGGCAGCGAGGAGGCCAGACUUUCCAUGCUUCCCCAGAUGGGGAAGGAUGGGGUCCCUCGUGAUGGAGAUGGAGCCACGGUCCUUCCCAAUGAGGAUGCCGUGUGUGACUGUAGCACCCAGUCUCUCGCCUCCUGCUUCGCCCGGCCAUCCCGCUCUGCCGUCCGCCACUCUCCUUCCAAGUGCAGGCUGCACCCUUCAGAGUGCGCCUGGGGUGGGGAGGAGAGGGCAGCCCCCCCCAGCGAGUGACAGAGCAGCCGAGCUCCCCACCUCAACCAGCCCAGUCCCUGGACAGCCAAAGGGAACCCGCGGAGAGGAGACGAGGUGAGGGGCCCGCGCCCCCUGCAUCUCUCGCCCAGGAGGGACAGCAGCUGCACCACCGCCGCAGAAGAGCUUUCCCAUCCAGGUAAAGCGGGGCCUCCUGCUGACUGCUGGGUGGCGAUCUCUGACUUCCCAGGGGAAGGCAGCGAGUGGGAGAAAGACCAAAACUGGGCUUCAGAAGCAUCUCCAGAGAGAUCCCUUGGGAGCUGAUCCGUCGGGAGCUGAUCCCUGGGUCAUAAGGGAGAGCCUUGCCUGGUUCUAGCCACACCCCCUUCUCAGAAGAGCCAAGGAAAGGAUACACUUCCAGCCAUGCCCCUCAGGGAAAAGGGCUCACAGAGACGUUCCCUGCCAACCACAUCCCUCUUCAUGGGGAGGAAACACCAAUGAGAAGAACAGGCUUUGCUCUAGGGCUCAACUUGGGGUUCUUGGUGGAGCUGAAAUGGGCAUCACCCCGUCCAUUUCUUCCCUCCACUGCCUCCUCCUCCCAGCCCUGCUGCUCUGGAUUGCUGUGGCUCUAGGGGAUAUGAUAGGGCAGUAACCAGGGUCAAGUAUCUGCUUGGAAUCCUGGAGCCCUGGAUCUCCCUGCCCGUAGCUUGGGUGCAGCAAGGACUAGAAGACGAGGGGCUCAGGGUUGGGGAGCCACUGGAACUGCCUUUCUUGCCAAGGUGACGUGGGGGGCCCCAACCUUCCCAGGAGACUCCUUGAGGACAGAAAUAGGUAAAGUCCAUCUCAAGACCUGGUGCACAGAUAAAUGCCUAAUUGCCCACUGCCUUGAUCGCUGGGGUCUUUUUCCCUGGCACCCUGGAGGGGCACCACAUCUCCACUGUGUUUACAUCCUGCAGCUGGUGGAGGGCAAAGACAUUCCCAGUAAGAGACUCCCAGAUGGCCAGGUCAGGCCGAGGAGCAUUCCGAGAGGCCAGUGCCCCAGGACAUGGCAAUAGACUGGGGCCUGGAAACACAUUUCUUGUCUAGGUUGUUUAUUUGAAUUUUUCUUACUAUAAAUAUUUAAAGUGGUUUUACUUUAUUUUAAUAAUUUAACUUACCCCAAAGCCCCUAAGGUAAUUUAUUGGAGGUUGAUACAUGUAUUCUUGCCACUGGGACAAUGCAAGGCUUUAAGACGAUGGACAGGCGCAGGGUCCCCUGUGUGGAUGAGGCAACUCAGCAGCCGAGCUCUGGUCUCCACGUCAGCUUUGGAUGGCCCACCAGCAAAGCUGGAGCCCUGCAGCCUGCUCCCCCAAAACUGCUGACCCUUUGGCCUCAGAGCAUCACUUUACACUCAACACCCGGUACUUGCCCAACCCCCAGCCGUGAGUCUGUAAAUGCUCACAGACAGGGUGGAGGGCUGGACCACUUCCCAAACAUUCUCCAUUUUCUUUCUCAUUUUCCUCCCUCCCUCUGAAACCUUUUUUGUUUCAAUGAGUCAAACACGGAUUACUAAGGCUUUAUCAAGAGCAUGGAGAUCUCUCCAAGUUCCCCAAGUGAGAACUCGCAGGAAAACAGGACUGAACUUCGAGAAUGUUGUUUAUUGCAGCUUUGCACAUGGAUCUGAGAGUGUCUGCCAGCCUGCCUCAGUUCACACCAGCCUGCCAGCUUUUUCACCAGCCUCUCUCCUUAGCCUUAUGGGCUCUCCCGGCUCGCCUCCCAGCCCCAACUCCACUGCCCACCCUUCCCCAUGUCCCAUGUGAGCUGCCUGAGCCAUCGGAUGGAUUGCACCUUGGCUCAUUGCAGUGUGGUGAUGGGGGAGGUGUACUCAGAUGGCCUCCCCCUUGGUGCCAGUGAACCCGUUUUGUUUACACACAUGCCCACACAUCUGCCUGUUACAGGCUGGGGGCUCAGAGUGGAAACACCAGGAUAAAGUGGCUUAUCUGAAUUUGCCAUCAGGAAGACCAAAAGCCAGCAGCUUGGCUAAUUUGCCCCCAGGACUCAGGAGAUGCCUCUGUGCUCCCACCCACCAGCUCCUGGUCUUGCCCUUUCUGGAGCAUCUGGACCAGUUACCCAAAUUCCUUCAUCACCAUUCCCUAUUGGCAGAACUUGGGGUUACGUUAGUGCAAGCAGCCACUUCCUCAUGCCAUAGUGACCUGUGUGGGCAGAGCAGGCAGGCUGAUGGAGCCAUGGGCCAAUCCCCUCUAGGAUGCCACUGCUCCCACCCAAGAGGUCAGGGGUCCCCUCCAAGGUUAUCUCCAAGUGAGGGGAUUCACACAAGGCCACAAGCCACCAGAGGCCUCUGGCACUUCCCAGAGCUGCAGAGGGCCAGGGAGGCUGUGCUUCUAGCCUUGGGGAGAAAUCCUCGUGAGACCUGAACCCUGCGGACCGCUCAGCCUUACCGUCGUUCUCACCCAAGAUUGUCCUUGCAUUCUCAUUGUCUUAGAGCCUGGCCACCCAGACCUCAGCCAGUGUCAGAGACCCCAGAUCUUGGUUUUCAAUAAAGUCCCAGUUUCUGCUUCCUGCAUGCCACUGUGCAAGGUCACUCAUCACUGUUCCUACAGAAGCCUCUGGACGUGGGGCUUGAUGGGGUUGAAAAUGUUACGUGUAAAUAUUGGUUUGGUUUGAUUUUUAGCAUUUUAAUUAGUAACGGUUGUGUUUUCUUUUUUGGGGUGGGGGGUUGGUUUGUAAAAACUCUCUACUCUUUUGGAAUGUAAUUUCUAAGUUUGUUUCUUCAAAUGCCUUUUUAAGUCUUGGUAACAUUCCCAAAGCAGAAAACUGCCUGGCCCUCUGUGGGGACUCCCAUGGAGCAUUGGGUCCCAGGAAGGAACACUGCCCUUUCCCCCUUUCUUCCCCUUCCUGCUACCCCUUACCUUUUUACUCCUAGCAGCUUCUUCUUCCUUCUUUUCCUCCUCCUCUAGCCUUCUUUUUCCUUUCCCCAUCUCUAUUCUCUGCAGCCAAAGUCCCAAGGAACCCUGGGGUCCUAAUUCCCUACAGACCCCUAGGCUUGGAUCCACUGUGUUGGCACCAGUUGGUUGAGGGGAAAUGGGAGACCAGUUGGCAUGGUUGACCCCAAACUGGACGAUCUUGUGUUUCCUAUGUGUGACCUCUUCCCAGAGCCAAAUUAAACCCUCCUGGGGGCAAUGAUGUCUGUAUUUGAAAUGAAAGUCAAACCACUUUGGCACAUCAGUGGUCCCUAGAUCCUGCAUGCACAAAGCAUCAGUAUCCAAGUCCCUGUCACCCUGGCAGCCCUUCCCCGCCCCCUGCUAAUUCUUUCCCCACCAAAGGCUGACCAAUUUAAAAAACUCCUCCAAGAGGUCUUGCUCAAAAUGGCCCCGCCCCUUGGUCUCCCCAGGGAUGCCCUUCUACGAGCUGCUCUCCCAGGUGACAAAGUUGAGGGCCCAAGACUUGACCCUCUUACACCCUAAUUGCCACAUGGCUCCCUCGUGCCUGCCCCCAUGCACCUUUCAUGGUUUCGUCACCCGGCCUGUUCUCCUCUUGCCAAUCCAACUUCCAGGCCCUUCCUCCCUCUCCUCUCCCAUCUAGAAUGUCCUCCCCACCCCAGCUUUGCCAGCCUUCCAGCCCCACCAGCAUCACCCCCCCCCACCCCGUACACCCCUCCUAGAGCACGUUGCUAUUUAGAAAUUGCUUCCCCAUGCCACAUCUCCUUCAGACUUCUAAGGGCCAACUCUGGGAGGCAACCUUGGCAGGAUAGGGGUUAGUGCUCCCAUUUUACAGAUGAGGAAACUGAAGUGCAGGUCUCAUCCCUGAGUCACCUAACUGGGAAGUCAUCAAGUUUAGACUAGAACCUGGGUCCACUGGAUCCCCUAACCCAACUCUGUCCUGCUUGCUGUGUCAACCCACUGCCCCACUGGGGGCUUUGUGUGGGUAUAGGACACCGAGAAUAUGCCACUGCCCAACCCAGACAUAAAACCAGUCCACUCUGAAUCACUGGACCCGUAUGUCCCAGAGGGUGGUGUGGGGACCCCCUGCAUCAGAAUCCUCUUAGGGCAUGUCUAAAAUGCAGCUUCCUGGGACCCGCCUCAGCCUCUGGGCCAGGAAUCCGCGUAUCUAACAAAUCCCCAGGGAGAUCCUGAGUACAAUGGCCACGCCAUUGAUGUUCACAGCCCUGACUGUUAGGCCAUCUUUUUUUAACCAGAUAACCAUGAUGUUAUAUCUUAAAAAGAGCAUUGAGCUGGUAAUUAGGGGACCUGGUCCUCAAGCCAGCUCUGAUUUGGGUUAAUUAUGCUGAGAAUUUCCAAAAAGCACUGGAGGCAAUUUACAAUCUUAGUCAUAAGGAUCAGUAAGACAACAGAAAAAAAGAGAGUCAGGAACUUCCUUGGUGAUCCAGUGGUUAAGAGUCUGUGCUUCCACUGCAGGGGUUACGGGUUCGAUCCCUGGUAGGGGAACUAAGAUCUCGAAUGCCUCACAGCGCAGCCAAAAAAAAAAAACCAAAAAACAAAGAAAGUCAAAAAGCAAGAGGAAUUAUCAUUCCCCAAAUCUAUCUGACGUGAUUCCCAUAAUCCUGCAAUUAAAUUUUACUCUUGAGUUUCCUGGCAACCACAGUAAAAAGGGAAGCGCAUCAUGGUAAAAAGGGAAGCAUGUCAUCAUCCCGUCAUGGGAAGAAACCAUAGUUGCCCCAGGAGACAAACUCUUCUGCUGCUAAUUUCGAGCAUGUGUCCUUAAAGUCCACUAAGCCGGUUGCAGUGUGAACCUAAGAUGCAAGGAUGGUUUCCAGGUCACUAUUUUUAAAAUAAUAAUAAAUGGCCACCAACUUGAAUGACCUUGGCCCCGGAGCAUGUGGCUAGUCUGUACCUCAGUUCCUCCAGCUAUAAAGUGGGAGAAUGUCCUUGCAUGGCUGUGCUGAGGACCAAAUACAGUACUGUGCCUGUGAAUGUGCCUGGGAAAGCAUAAUUUUCUACAUCCAUGGAAAGUGUUCUAAUCACACUCAUUGUUCCCACACCAGCCUCCUGGUGCCCUGGCCCUGGGGGUGAUACACCCCUCACUAGUCUUAGUGAAUAGAAAGAAAAAUAAACUGGACCUACCCCCUCACUUUUUUAAAAAUUGUGGCAAAACAUACAUAAGACAUAGCCAUUUUUAAGUGGCUUUAAAUACGUUCACAAUGUUGUAUUGAUACACUCUCCACUUCCAGAACUUUUUAUCACCCCAAACUGAAACUCUAUACCCACUAAACAAUAACUCCCCAUCCCUCUCCCCCAGCCCCUAUAACCUCUAUUCUACUUUCUGUCUCUAUGAAUUUGCCUAGUCUAAGCACCUCAUAUAAGUGGAAUCAUACGUACAGUGCUUGUCCUUUUGUGUCGAACCCCCUCACUUUUUGGAUGAGGAAUCAGGCCCAGAGAAGGGAGAGAGUGGUUCACCCAAGGUCAGACAGCAGGUUAAAGGCAGAAUCAGGACCAGAACCCAGGCUUCCUGACCCCCAUCAGGUUCUGCAUCCCCAGUGGUGGGUGAGACACCCCCCACCUACCAUUCCGUGGUCUUGGUUGAACCCCUUCCUCUCUCUGGGCUCAGUCUGUUCGCUCCCCACUGCCCACCCAUCCUCUCUUUUAUCAUCUUCCUCCAAAGCUUCCCCUCCUCCUGCCUCCUCUUCUCCAGCUGAUUCCCACCAGCAGACUGAGUGGCCCUGACCCAUGGCCAGGUUUUCCUUCUGAGCCCCAGGCUUCCUUGUAGCACCCAUCCCUCAGCCCUCCCAGAACGGCCUCCCCAGCUCCACUCGUCUCCCGUGGAUUUCCCUGUAACCUCAGCAAACCCCUCCCUGUCCCCUCAGCCUCACAUUCCCAUCCUCCCGUGUCUGUGGUCUCCCAACUCCGGAUGUUUGCUUUCAGAUCUGGUUGUAUUCCCUGGGUUCUGUUUUAUUUUGUGUUUCCUCACACCGAAGGGGGAACCUUUCCCCAAUGCCUCAGGCUGGGCUUGGCCCCAGUGACCACCCCCCAAGCCCAGAAAGACAUCCCCCCAUCCCACCCUUGAGCCCCAUUUUCUUCUGUCCACAGCCUCCCGGCAAGACCCCAACGCUUUCCACUGGGAAUUGGGGGGGAACUUGGAUCCCCCAUUUUGGCCUCCUCUAUCCUGCCCAGUCCCACAUGGCCUUGUUUGGAAAGUAGAUACAGCCUGGCUUGGGUUCUUCUCUCCCUGGCCAUCCGUCCAUCUGUCUGUCCAUUUGACAUCCCCCAUACUCUCCACUCUCUCCUGGACCUCACGGCCUCUGGAACAGCUUGCCCUGGCAGAACCUGUAGCCUACCCUGGCAGAACCUGUAGCCCACCCUGGCAGAACCUGUAGCCCACCCUGGCAGAACCUGUAGCCCACCCUGGCACUACCCCUUACCCCUCCCAACAGUGUUUGCAAAGUCCACAGACCCAAGAAUGGAAGGGGACUGGUGACAUGAUGCUGGGCCUGAGUCCCCUGCCCAGGGCUCUUCCCCACCCCUCCUGCACUCUUCUUGGACCCUACCUUGUGUAUCCCAUCAGCCCUACACCACUCCCUUCCUGCCCUUCACCAGCCCCCUGGACCCCAGGGUCUAAGGAAAGGAGCUUUGGUUUCCCCUAAGCAUCCUUGAAGGGCCGAAGUCAUCAGGGCCUGGCCACCUUGUCACUCUCCAUUCUGAUACCACUCAAACUGCUCCCAUGAAAAGGAACCUCAGCCAGGAGUCUGGAGACCUGGCCCAGGAGAUGUCUUAACUUCUCUGUGUUUGGCUGGUUGUAUGAUUUUAUGAUAAGCACGAGGAUGAUCCUUAGGGCCCCAGAGCACCCCUCAUGUUUUGGAGUCCUGCAUCACCAUCCUCUCUCCACUGGGCCCUGGUAUUCUGGCUCCUCUCUCAGCUCCGCCACUGAUCUCUGUGCCUUAGUUUACUUCUCUGCACAGGGGGGCUCACCACAAGUCUGUUCCCAGCAGCUUCCCAGAUAUUUUGGUGCCUCUAAGGCAGGGCCUUGCCAGCUGUGGCCCAGCUCCCUGGCAUUGUCUUGGGGCACCAAGUUGCUGAGGAUGAGAUGCCUGGAGGUUCUCAAAGAAGCAGGAGCAUCACCUGGGCACUUGAUAGACAUGCAAAGUAUUGGGCCCACUCAGGACCUAUGGAACAGAACCUUGGGCGGGGCGGGGGGAGGAUGGCCAGCAAGCUGGGGUUUAACAAGCCCUCCAGGUGAUUCUGAUAUACACAGGAGUUUGCCACCUGCUGAUCUAGACCAGCAAAUAGUGUGGCCUGGUGAGGGACUAAGGCUGGCCCUGACCAGGAACAGGAAACACCAAUUUCAUCUGGACUCCUGAGAGAUUGCGAACCCUCCCUGCCCCUACCCAAAGCAAAACAAAACUAUGUUCUCCUCUUCCUGGAAACUGGGGGGCUGGGAGAAGGCAUACAUUUUUCCUUCCCCUGCCCCUGGCUUGUUUCCAGUUCUACCCACUUCUCCUACUUGUCUGGGUUUUACAAAAGAUUGUGUAGGGUUGUGCCAGCCAGGCAGCUGGUGGGCGUCCUGGGCCGGGGGGCGGGAGACAAAAGACCCUGACCGUUUAUCCCUUGGGAACCUCACCAUAGGCUUAUGGCCUCUCUUCAAAUGGAAAGAAACAACUCCUCAAAGAAAGACUCCUAAAUCCCCAGCCAGCUCCUCCUCCUCCUUCUCUCACCUCUAGGGAGACCUUGUAGACAGUGCCAAAAAACAGCUCCAACCCCCAGCGGCUGGGGAAGAGAGCCAGAAGCUGUCCCUCCUCCUCAUCCUGGCCCCCCCUCCCCAAACCCCGCCAAUACUGUGAAGCCCCCUUCCUGACCAUCCUGGUUUCCUGGUGUGGACCCUGCAGCUGUGGGCCCUAAGGGUUCCCCAGGGAAAGGCCUUUGGGAGGGAAGGGACUAAGGGCAUCCUUGGGCCAAACUGUCCACCUCUCCUGUCCGCUGUUUCUCCUCCCCACUCCUGUCUUCAAAAGGCUCUUUCCCAGGAUGGAUUGGGUGCUAGGACAACCAUGGUCCAAUCCGCCAGCUCUCCUUGCCCCCGUGUCUUAUUUCAGACAUGAGAAUAACUGUACAGUGUAAACUUACAAAGCGUUUUUAAUGGUUGUAGAUUGGAA